AUGUCCAAGCCAGCUACCACUCGAUUGAACGCGGUAGCGCGUCAUUUCCGUGCGGGUGUAGCCGUGUCGGCCAAGCCGGCGCCUGGCACGGAUUCGCCACAGCUAGGGACGUUGCAGCUGGGCCCGCACGUCGCCAUCUCGAUUCAUGCCGCAGAUGCACCGGAGCGAAUCCCGCCUGAGCGUCUCUUGCUGGAUACGAGUGAUCCCAUCGUGCUGGAGCAUCUCGAGUUCCUUGGCAAGAAAUGGCAGUUGGGGCAGGACGUAUUUCUCUCCUCCCCGCCUGGGCCUUACACGCGCCGUCUGUGUCAGACGUUUGCAGCGCUCAUCCAAGUGCCUGUGGAGUACGUAUCGCUGCAUCGCGAUAUCGGUGAGGCCGAGCUGCUUCAGCAGCGCUCCUUGGAAGCAGGAGGAAAUUUGCGGUACGAUGACGGGCCUGUAGUACGUGCUAUGAAGUAUGGCCGUAUCCUCCUUCUUGAUGGCAUUGAGCGUGCGGAGCGCGGUGUGAUGCCGAUCCUCAAUAACAUUCUCGAAAACCGCGAGCAGAACCUCGCGGACGGUACGCAGCUCGUGCCGGCGGAGCGUCUGGCGGCGGCGCAGCAAGCCGGCGACGAUGCCCAGGGCCAUGGCCAUGCCCGUUUUAUUCCCGUACACCCUGAUUUCCGUGUGUUUUGCUUGGGGUUGCCUGUCCCGCCGUACCGUGGACAUCCCCUGGACCCGCCGUUCCGUUCGCGGUUCCAGGCGCGAUGGGUCGAAGGUGCCGUGUAUGCGCCACCGCCCGUGACAGCGGAAUCGGAUGCUGCGCAGGCUCUUACGUCGCGUUGGCAAGAAUGGGCCGCGUUGGUGCGCCUGCAUGAUACCGCGAGUCGUGAGUCGGGCCUGCUGCCGUCGACGUCGAUGCUGCCGCAUGUGCCGACGACCGCUAUGCCGCUUCUCCGUGAUAUCAGUGCGGUCUUCCCGCCGACCCACGUGAUAACAAAACGCAGCGAGCCGCCGGAAGCGUCAGCGCCGGUGGACAAGGCGACGUUGGCGAUGCUCAGCACGGCCUACCCGCUGAUGCUCUCGCUGGAUGCAAAGAAGCGUGCAUCGCUGCAUGAGAUGCUGACGCGUGUCUCGCUGGAUCGCGGUAUCGGUGUUGAUGAUCUGUUUGCCGAAGGUGUGGGUCUGAUGGGCUACACGAUCGAGGACGUCCAGCGCGUAUCGCCGACGCAGGCGCGGCUGACCUUUGCGUCGUCGCUUGGCGCGCCGUCUGUCGAGGUGGAUGUACCAUGCGGCCCGCUGCCCAUGGUACCGCUUUCGUCGCUGUCGCAGGAUGAGCGGUCGAUUCUCACGCCUCGUGUGCGCGCCCUGCUGACGACGAUGCUGCAGCUGCACAGUAUCGGCCGCGAUAUCUGUAUGGUGCCCAGUGUGCUGGACGGCGUAGCACAGACGCAAGCGUCGUCGUCCAAAUCGACAUGCAUUCAGCUCUUUGCCUCGUUGCUGGGCUACCGUGUGGAGACUAUUUGGCUCUGGAAGGAUGUCACAGGCACUGAGCUGAUUAUGCGCCGUGCCACGACCCCUGAUGGCGCCACGGUAUGGCAGCCUGCGCAGCUUACGUCGGCAGCGCUACGUGGCGCGCUUGUGCAUCUCGCGGGCGUCGAUGUGCUGGGCCCCACGUUGGAAAGCCUGGCACGGUUCACGGAAGAUCGUGAGUUGGAAUUGUGGGAUGCGACGCGACUUACGUUGCCGGAGGGCGCUUCCGUAAAGGAAACGUUGACGACCGGACGUGUGUGUGCAUUGGCGCCGAGUGUGCGUGUGAUUGCUACGGCGCCGAAGGUCGGCGAGUGGCUCACCGAAGGGGUCGCGACGAUGUUUGCGACGUUGGCUGCGCCGCCCAUGACCGAUGCGGAAGAGCGGCAGAUCGUCGAGCAGCAGACAGGCGCAUCAGGUCGGCACCUCGAUGCGCUCUUUGCCUUUGUGCAGGAGUACCGUCGGCAGGCCUCCGAUACCAAUGUCGGCUUGCACAAGGCGCGGCGCUUUGGGACGCGCCAAGUGCUUCGUAUCGCACGACGCUUGGCCACGUGGCCAGACGAAGAUCUGUAUGCCCUCAUCUUCCGGAACCAGCUGUGUGACUUCUUGCCGCGGACCGUGCGUGAGAUUGUGCAUGAGAUGCUGGUCUCGCGGGGCAUUGUGCCGCAUGGCUUUGAAGGUGCGUUCCAGUACAUUCCUCCGUUGGUCCUGCAGCCGCCUGUGGUGGAUGCCAAGGAAAAUACGCUGCGGUUUAUCGACGAGCAGGGGACCGAGCGUCUAGCUGUCCGGCGCUACGACUGGCGUACACGCGACCCCAAGGGUGCGUCGCUGAUCCCGAAUGCGCAUGGCUCCUUCUUCCACAAUACGCAGCAGACGCGGCUCAUGUACUCCUUCGUGCAGGACUUGGAUGUGCUGGGCGAGCAUUUGCUGCUCAUGGGCGCGCAAGGCACCGGCAAGAACAAGACGAUUGACCAGGCGCUGGAAUUGCUCGACCGGCCGCGCGAGUAUAUCCAGAUGAACCGCGACUCGACCGUGGGCGAAUUGCUCCAACGGGCCUACUUGGAAGACGGCCAAUUGAAGUACGCCGACUCGCCCUUGGUCCGUGCGCUGAAACUCGGCCGCGUGAUUGUGGUGGACGAAGUGGACAAGUGCUCAGCCUCGGUGUCGGCCGUGUUCAAGUCGCUGGCGGAGCGCGGCGAGCUCUCGUUGCCGGACGGCCGUCGUGUCGUGCCGAGCGGUGGUGUCGCAGACGACCACACGAUCGUGGUCCACCGCGAUUUCCGGCUGGUAUUGCUGGCCAACCGGCCUGGCUGGCCGUUCCUGGGCAAUACGUUCACGGAUGUGGUCGGCGAAGGCUUUAGUUCCUAUGCAGUGGCCAACCCCGACGUCGCGUCUGAACAGCAGCUGCUGGAGCGCAUGGCGCCCAACGUCGAUCCGGCGCUGAUUCGAUCGUUGGUCCUGGCGUUCCAUGACUUGCGCUUGGCUUUCGAUAUGGACCAGAUCAGCCACCCGUACUCGCUGCGCGAGCUGAUCCACAUUGUCCGUCAUCUCAGUCGGUACCCCGGCGAAGAGCUGGGCGAAGUGAUGCAGAAUGCGCUGGCGUUUGACCUGCACAAGCCGGAAGCGCUCCAGCUGAUUGCACGCACGUUUGCCAAGCACGGCCUGAAACUCGGUGGGAUCUCCCUCGAGGCGCAGCGGGCCAAAGCCGAGCAGCGUGCGGCGCAAAAGGGACUGCGUGUAGAGUACAAGCCGAAGGGCGAUACGUCGCUGGACAAACCGAAACUCGGCAAGGACGAUCCCAACAACGACCCGCACGUCGGCGGCAAUACGUGGCGGGGCGGCACAGGUGGUCGCGAUACCGCCGGCCUCGGUGGCCGUGGCGGCUUUGAGCGGCUGUACAAAGGCCACAAAAUCCACCAAAUCCCCGAGCACUUGAAGAAGGAUGUGCCGCCGGAGAUCGCCGCCGAGGCACGUGCCAUGGCGAAGAAGGCCCUGGAGGACAAGUUGGCCGAAGACCGUUUGGAUCGAGACGAGGCGCGGUACAUGCAGAUGAUCAAGGCGAAUGUCGAGCCGCAAAUCCAGCACCUGUCGAACGUGCUGAAUGGACUCACGGCCAACGAGCAUGAACGUCGCUGGAUGGUGCGGCAGCAGGAUGGCCAGCUGGACGAACGUCGGCUGAGUGACGGCCUGGUAGGCGAGCGAGCGAUCUUCAAGCGCCGAAGCGAGGCGCCGCCGGAGAUUGGCGCGCCGCAGAUGAAACCGAAACGCAUCCGCAUUGUCCUGGAUGCGUCGGCGUCCAUGUACCACAUGCAAUUCGAUGGGCGUCUCACACGCGAGCUCGAGACGUGUCUCAUGAUUAUGGAGGCGAUGCAGCGGGUGGACCCUACCCGCUUUGAGUUUGAUAUUGUGGCGCACUCAGGCGAUCAGGUGGUCAUUCCCAUCGUGAAGCUUGGCCAGAUCCCCAAGACAGAUGGCGAUCGAUUCCGUGUGCUCCGCGAUAUUGUGGCGUACACGCAGUACUGCAUGACAGGCGACAACACCGUGGAAUGCUUGGAGCAAUCGAUCAAGGAUGUGCGAACGAAGGAGGCCGAUGACUACUUUGUCGUAGCCCUCUCGGAUGCGAAUCUCAGUCGCUAUGGCAUCACGGCCGAGCACUUGGGCGCCGCACUCAAACGCGAUGACAAGGUCAAAGCGGCUGUGAUCUUUAUCGACAAGGGCGGCGCCGAGGCAGGGAACAUUGCCCAGGCCUUGCCAGGCCGUGCCUUUGUCGCACAGGAUACCAAAGAGAUCCCGCGUAUCUUGUCGGACAUUCUCACGUCGCUUCUUCAGUCCUAG